CUUUUCCUCAUCUCAAGCCAUCCCAAAUCUCUCAGAAAGACCAUGAGAGAGACCAUUAUUUAUUUGAUGAUCCAACAGUGAGCGAAGCAAUGCCAUCUACACAAGAGACUAACGAUACUUUGCCUGUUGGGGUGACAAGACGAAGUCGAAGACGACGCAAGGCGAGAACCGAUGCCAACGAUGAUGAGAACAAGGAAAAUGCCGACCAUGAGGAUGCACCGAAUAUUAUGCCUCAGCAGGCGAGCACCAAGCCCAAAAAGAAAGCAGCAGCAACAACAAAGACCAAGAAGAAACCUCCAAAAAAUACUAUCAAGGCUCCUAUAGUCGCUCCCAUUUGGAUUUAUUCUUGUAACAAGGAAUCCAAGGACGAUCUUCUAAAACGAUUUCUAAAGUCAGUCGACAAAGUUGCCACUGCCAAAGCUUGGAAAGAGGAGCAGCAGUUAUGUCAAUGCAUCAUUGAGAGAUCAAUGUCUCUAACAGAACAACGACAUCAACAACAACAGUCGCAGACAGAGGAAUCACUGGGAGAUUUCCUCCUGCAAUAUUAUGAAGACAAAUGCCCCGAAAUCUUGACCAUUUGCCGAAAAGUAAUCAAGGCUGCCUCCGAUUACAAAACAGCAAAAAAGAAGGACGCAGAAGUCACGUUGCAUGGUCUCUUCGUAGCACUACAGGGACUACGUGCGCUCUCGGUAUCGGAUCCACCACCAGAAACCUCCAGGAGUGAGGCCAUGAUUCGACUGCUGUAUCAUGUCAUUACCACGGCUGAGGCUGCCCACGGCGACCUCAUGGCUGCAGAACAGAAGGCUUCCAAAACAGCAAAGACCAGGAGGCGACAAAAGUCCGAACUGUUGCCAUCUCUCGCGGAAGAAGUCGUUUUCAGAGGAUACGAAACACUGUGUUCCCUCUUUGCAGCAGACUUUGUAGUGGCACUGCCAGGAAAGCAAACAAUGGAAUUCACUUUCCUUCGUGACAACAACGACAAUCUUCAGAUUCCGUGGCUUUCCAUGUUUCCAGUACCAAACGAAUCACCAAUCUCCACAAGAAAACGAACUACAAAGACAAAACCAUCCAAGAUGGAACUCUCGCAGAUCUUUACCAUUGGGGUGCAAACCACUUUGGCAGUCGCCAAGACCCUCCUCAAUUGUUCCAAUCAUGACAAUGACGUGUUUCGUGAUGGUGAUGAUGAUGAUGAUGAUAGCGAGCGGUCAUCCUUGGGCUACACUUCUCCUCUUGUCUCUGCUGUACCGUCAGUGUUAGCAAGAGCGGUCGACUUGCUACGACUCGUUGGGUUUUCUUGGGUUCGCUUCAUGUCAUUCCACUGUCCACAAGACGACACCAUAGCAAAAGAGAUUGUGUCAUUUUGUCGGCAAGCACAUCGGCUUUUGUGGGAGUCGUCUUCUAGUAUCAGUCAGAAGACGGGAGCGAAUGUUGGAUCUUUGGAAACAAAGAAGCAUGCGCUCUUGAUUCUUUUGGGACAUUGCGAGGCGCCACCAAACCUAGAGCUGGCGUCCUGUCUGAAUCCAGAAUCAAAGCCAGGCAGGGCGCUGUGUACCAAAUACUUUGACAAUGUUUGCACAAUGGCUUGGAAGGAAACUAGUGGCAGUAGUUCAGCGGAAGAACACGCGACAAUUCAAGAACUCAACUUUCAUCAUGGCGUGGGCUUGAUGCUCGAUGCCGUUGCUACCAGGCUUGGCAUGCAGCAGGCGUUUCCAUACAUUGAAUACUCCGCACAUCGAGCAUUGAAGAUUGGCCGAAGAAAUACUCGUUCGGAACACCUUGCAACGCUGGGAUCCUGUCGACUCAAAGACGAUAAUCCACACUCGGCUGCUCUCUUCGCCUUAUUCCUGGCGCUUGAUCUUAGGAAUUCCAUGCAACGACUGGUUCGUGGCGAUAAGGAAGCAUCCACCGACCACCCUGACCUGAUCGAUGCGUCCCAGGCGAACGACAUUAUGCAUCUCUUUGAGCGCGUUUUCCUUGGCGAUGAUCAAAUCGAGUCCCCCGAUGUUAGACUUCAGUGCUUCAAGAUUUCAUCAAUGGCUUCCCUACACUCGACCAUGUACCAGGUUUCGACCCUGUCUUGCGAUCGUUUUCAAGCGAACGAUGUAGCCACUGUCGACACGUGUGCCCAGUUUCUGACCAGAUGCUAUGGACCUUUUGUGGUGUCAAUACUAGCUUCUGGUCAGCUGCAGGACGAGAAAAAGGAAGCACACAUGUGGGACCUUGUUGUGGAGAGCUAUGCCCGUUCUGCAAUCGUAUGGGACAAUUUGGUUAUACAGGACAAUCUGAAAAGCUCCACCACCUUUCUUCAGAGGUCAAACUCUGCCAUGUCGAUCCUCAAGGAUGUCCUCGUUGGUUCUGAUACAACUACUUGCAGAAGCAGGAUUGGCCUUGUCGAAAAAGCCGCGAAGAUGUUUGCGUCGAUCGGGAAGCAUCGAUCCAGCAGAUCCAAAGACCUGUCAUUGACACCAAUGCUACAUUCCUUGUCCCUGUUUUCGGAAUCAUCGUCUCUGCUUUCCCGCACAAGUGCAGGCUCUGAGAAUCACCUCGUGGCACGCUGGAGCUUCGUUGCCGGGGUAUUCCAGUCUUUGAAGUGGCCCAAUGCAGCGUCGUUGGCAUCCGCAGCAGCCCUUGCUGGCUUUGCUUCAUCUUCAGUAUCGGAGUACGACGAUGAAGGGGGCGAUGACUUUUGGGCUCAGGUCUUGAGCACACUUGGAUGUAAAAGUCAUGAGAUGAUUCCAAUUGACAACCAUGGCAAGAGACUGCCAGACAAAGUACGGGCUCUUAUUCGACGACUCGCCAACAACUUUUCCGGCCACAAGAGACUUCCACCUCUCAUUGAUACUACUUCGGCAACAAGCUACUCUCUUUCUAUACAAGACGCAAUCGGGAUUUUGUUGGACCUUCUUGCACACAAGGAUCACUCGUCGGCGACGGACGAUCAUCUACGCUCGGUUUUUGAGGACAGAGUCGGCGAAAGGUUCUCCCUGGUUAGCCUUUUGCGGGCUCUCUUCAACGCCCGUGAAACCACCCUUUCCAAUUCCUCCGCCUUGAUACAAAUAACUGGGUCCGUGUUAGAGAACACGGGCCAGUCAAUGCAACACAACGUCUCUUCUGAGUUGCCUCUCGGCAAUGACGAACAAGGCAACUAUGAAGAACUAGUCGAGUUCCUGGUUGAUCUUGUUGAUUCCAUUCCAAGCAUGAACGAAAAUGGCAAGGACAAGCAUCGCCGAGUGCUUUAUCUAGCGACACUUCGAGCUGCAGCAUACGUGACAGCAUCCUGCAAUAUACUGUCUGCGCAGGAAAUGUAUGAGCAACUCCUGCUGGGUACGUGGGAUGCCGAUGAUAGUGACAUGGAUCCUCGCUGCAGAUCUUUGGUCACCUUGGCAUCGAAGUUUGCAACUCGAGCGAGGGAGGCCGUCAUUCUGUCGGGUAAUGACGCUAGCGACGACUGGACAUGCAAUCCACUGGUGUUUUUCGCGGUGAGAUCAGCAACGCUAGUCUUCGUUGACACCAUCGAUUGCAUGAUGGCUGACUCUUCGCCACCCAACAACGGCAAAUCGUUGCUGGCAUGCUUCAAUGAUGAGAUCUUUCAUUCGAUAAGAGACCAAAACACGCAGCAGCCGACGUCAGAACUGGCCUGUGCUUGCCUGGAAAGAACGUUGUCUAGAGUUCGAGACAGACUAUCUUUCCAAGGUGACAAGCUCUGCGCUGCCCAGGUUGCAGUGUGGCUAGAAAACGUGCCCUCGACCAGUGCACUUUCACGCCGAUGGACAAAAGCUAGACAGUCGGAUCACCUCAUCUCCGCGGAUCUCGUGGCAGUUGCAGCUCAGCGUGACCAGGAAGACGACCCAGAAACCGAAAGCAAUGAUUAUUCGGAUGACCAUUGGGACCAUCUCGUUCAAAUAGAACAUCACCUUGCUGGAUUGAGGCUCGAGCUCUUGGAGUCGGACGAACGAAUCAACCUGGACUUGGCGCACGGGCAAGUGCACCUUCUCCUUGACCGAGUCCAGUCGGUACAAGACAAAGCAGAUGACGAAAACAAUGAAAGCCUCGCUUCUUGGGUCAAGUCUUCUGCUCUCACCUUACUCUCGGAGAUUGCCGCCAGAUCUGGGAACUUGGGUUCUGCGCUAUCUCACAUGAAACUAUGCUGCCAGUCAUAUCAAGAAACAACGACUGUGGCUAGUCUCGCAUUCGCUGCUGCAGCUAGUGGCCAUCAUCAGACAGUGAAGCCUCCAUUUGCACCUGCGAUUCUGGAAACGUUGAUGAUUGGAAGUCGCGAGAAAGUGAUUCAGUGUUUGCAACAGAUGUCUCUCCUUUAUGCAACGAAUGGCGACUACAGAAAGAGCGAAGUAUAUUCACUUUGUGCAUUGAACAGCAGCGGCGGCCACGGGAUGUUUGAAAGGUUAAAGCCAAACGUUCCACUUCCUGAACUGUUGCAUUUGUUUAGAGACCAGCCACCCGCAAGUCUCAAAGAAAUGGUUUGUCGCAGAACUUUUCUGUGGUCCCGAGCCACUGCCACUACGUACGGCUUGGUCAUAAGUCAACUCGAGGAUCCUUUGGCAGUGGUGAAGUCUCUUGUGAGUGUGGCCCAGACUUCGCGAUUUAAUAUUGACGCGAGCAAAGGACUCUUUCUCGUUGGCGACAUUCUCUACGACAUGCAGACACCGACGGCAAGAGCCGCCGCUCUUGUUGCAUACGAGAAGGCAUCGACGUUGUACGGAGAGGCGAUUGGCGAUGGAAUGUUGGAGAACCUUGCAGAGACAACCCAAAUGACUCUCCCCUUGUCAAGCGGAAAGUUCCUCUUCUCGGUUUGGUGUCAGAUGCAACUGGGGAGAAUUCGGUCAAUCCUUGAAAGUGACACUGAAUUGGAAUCGAGUUCGCAACAAGAUGUCACCUCAUCAUGUCUGGAAUUGGCAAAUGCCCCUCUUGCACCUAAAGAGUGUCGCGCGUGGGCACUCUACUAUCUUGGCUUGAUUUCAUUGCAAACAGCGCGGAAAGCCAACGCCCUGGCUGCCUUGUGGGCAGGUUUUUCCAAUGAAGAGAGCACAGAACAGACUUUCACUUCGAAGGACCUGGCGAAAGCUCGUCAACACUUUUCUGCGGCACUCACGUUGCUGGGCCCCGCUUCAUUCGUCCUGACAAGGAUGGUGCUUCGGGCGCUGGCUUUGGUCACUGGUCCAGAACGUGAUGGUAAGAUCACGGAAUCGUCGUCUUGCAUUCUUAUAAACACGUCCAUAGGGUGCACGGCGCGUCAAGCCAUUUGCCAAUUGGCACAGGGCUCCGUUGCAGCGACGGAUGACGACUCCGUGUCGACUGCAAGUCUCCUCGGGGCUCUGGAUAUUGGAUUUGCCCAGACAAAGAAGAGAGAUGCUCACGUCCGUGUAUUUCUGACCACUUUGAGAGAUUGGGCGCCUCCUGAGUGGCGCUUUGUAGCAUCUGCACUGUGUCCAACAGGAGAGCUGCUGAUCACUGCCAUGAAAGUCGACGAUACUGUUGGCAACUUAUGGGCCACAACGGUGUGCCUUUUCCCUGGAGGCAAAACAACCAACUCGCACGUUCUCUACAACAAUCACACGUACGAAAACGCGAUCAAGCCCAUGGAUGCCCUUAUACUUGAAAGCCAGCAGCAAUUGAAGUGGUCUGGCAGCACAGAAUCUGGAUCAUCAUCAGACCCCGAAUCUGUAGACAGCGACGCCUCGGCAAAGCGUGAAUGGUGGAAAGAGCGGACAACGCUCGACGAGAGUUUGCAACAGUUGCUUUUUCGAGUCGAAGGAGAGCAUUUUGGUUCACCUUGUGCUAGAGAAGCUCUCUUUGGCUCUGAGAGUAUUGACGGGAGUCUCGAUGAUAGUUUGAACAGCUCCGGCAGCAUUGAGUCGUGUGUUUGCAACGAUCUUUCCUCGAGAUUUGAAGCCGUCAGUCUCAAAUCGUCGGAUGAUGAUGAUGAUGUUUUGCCAUCGGUGGGGAUCAAGAAGAGGGCCGAGACAUCCAGCAGAAGGGGGAAACCAGCUCGCCGGCACCUUGAUAUUCGCAGGGACAGCCUUGCAAACGAAGGCGACAGGAAGGCUGAUCAAUGCACCUUUCUCAUUUUGGAUGAAAACUUGCAUCGUUUCCCGUUUGAGGGAUUGCCGUCAUUUGCCAACAAGUCAGUAUGCAGGUUUCCAUCUCUGCCUUUCGCACUGGCUUCACUGAAGGAUCAUGCUAGACCGAGCCAACCUGUUCCAGUGGUGGAUCCUCAAGAGGCGACGUAUGUGCUGAAUCCAGAAGCGAACUUGAGCGCUACCCAAGAGCGCCUGUUGCCUUUCUUUGAGAAAAUGAACAAGGAGUACGGCUGGGAUUGGGGUGGGGUUUCAGGAGAACUUCCCUCGUCGCAAUUCAUGGGACAAAAUUUGGCCAAAGAGGGUGGGUUGUUUCUGUAUUGUGGGCACGGCGGCGGACAGUGUUGCUACUCACGGAGCAAAGUCGAAGGCCUGAUCAAACAGAAGUGGUCAUCCAAGAAAUCUGCGCCGUCCUGUGAAUCAUCGGUACUGCUCAUGGGAUGCAGCAGUGGUAGACUGGAAUCUGUCAAUCGAAAGGGCACUGAACCCCUCGCCAAUCAUGCCAUAUUCUACGAGCCAGAAGGAAUUGCCUUAUCAUAUUUGCUAGCUGGAGCACCCUGUGUUGUAGGGAAUCUUUGGGAUGUUACGGACCGCGACAUUGACAGGUACUGCCAAAGCAUGCUGCAAAGUCUCGCUGAUGCCAAGUCCAACAACAUUGCUCAUGCAGUGGCACAGGCUAGGUCGUCCUGCAAGAUGCAAUUCAUGGUUGGUUGUGCACCUGUCUGUUACGGGCUUCCCACCCAACUUCGACAGGCCGAAUCGAGAUAGCAUGAGUAGGUAUUGCAGCACUAACUAACGAAAUAGUUAGACUGGAUGAUCAGAAUUGCCGCCAUACCACUAGCUAGGACGCCGACUGCCACUUCUAUUCAGCAAAAGCUUCAGGU